AAGCCCAUCUGUCAUGGGGAUUCUUGCUGCAGAGAGGAAAUUUCUGGGUGAGAUUGGUGUACUGGACAGUGGAAUGCACAUAUAUGGAGGAGAAAACGUGGAACUUGGCCUGAGAGCCUGGCAGUGUGGAGGCAAAGUAGAAGUGCUGCCCUGCUCAAGAGUUGCUCAUUUGGAAAGAGCUCACAAGCCUUACUUGCCGGACUUGAGCGUCGCGGUGAAACGUAACGCCUUGCGGGUAGCCGAAGUGUGGAUGGAUGACUACAAGGACAUGGUCUACUUUGCAUGGAAUCUUCCAAUUCAGAAUCCUGGAAUAGACUUUGGAGAUGUUUCUUCCAGAAAAGAGCUAAGGAAAAAACUGAACUGUAAAGGCUUUGACUGGUACAUAAAAAACAUUUACCCUAAUUUAGUAUUUCUUCCCAACAUUGUUGGCUAUGGAACAAUGAAAAACACGUUGAAAGAAGACAUCUGUAUUGAUCAGGGCCCUGUCCCUGGAAACACACCGAUUAUGUACUCCUGUCAUGCAUAUUCACCACAGCACAUCUUUUAUCACAGCACUGGAGAAAUGUUUGUAGGAGGUUUACGUGCCCGACGGAAUUCAAUUGACAGAUGCCUAACAGACCCUGGGAAUGGGGAUCUGCCAGUUUUAGAGCAAUGUGUCACAGCUGUGAAUAAAGGCCUGAACUUGCACUGGGAUUUUAAGCAGGGAUCAGCUGUAAUCAACAGGAGCACUAAAAGAUGUCUUGAAAUCACAGCAGACAAUGCAGUUUCAUACAGACUUGUAAUGCGGGCAUGCACAGGACAAAGGUGGAAUAUCCAACACACAGUUAAGGACUGGGGAAAGACAGAAGACCUGGAACAGAAGACACAGCUCUCAAAGCAUUGA